CCAUGUUAUCCAUUUGUAUCGUCCAUGUGCGACUUCGACAAGUCUUCUAUCCUUUUCGAUAUUUUAGUCUCUGCAUUGCUUUAUUGCAGGGGAAUGGGUCUUCAGGCUCGUGGAAGCCAUUUACAUGUGACAACCGUCCGAGCUCCACCGCCGAACACUUGGUGCGUCCCUCCUCCUUCGGUGUCUUUUAACGGCGAUUCUAGAGUAAGGAAUUGUUGCACUUUCUUCCGACGAUUGUUGUCGCCUCGGAGCUUUCGACUACGGAACACGUCGUCUGAUUCUUUGGGAAUGUCGUGCAAUUCGAAGUCAUGCGGGGUGAAUUUUGAGGUGCUCACUCAAAAAGUCGGUAUGGUCAUUCAUCGCGCGAUGAUUUUGAUAUAAUUUUCAGGAAUCCGGAGGGAGAUAUAAUUGCAGACAAAAUAAUUUGUUAGACGUCCUUGUAUUGCUUCGUGGGGUCUUGCCACGGUUUCCAUAAUCCGUUUAGAUCCCUUCAGCUUUCUCUCAUGCAUAAGCACUUGGAUGCAAGUUCGCAAAAUCGUGCACUGGUGGAUUCUCCGGGGAUCAUCAUGUUGAGGGUGCCUUCAUAAGCCUUUUGACUCGAGAAGUAGGUCUGAAGCGAGUUGAAUGCCCUGCUGGCAAAAUUGAUAGAACAUAUCUCUCUCGACCUCGGGCGGGACCUAGAAUUGCCAGGUCAUGGCUGGAGCAUCACACGAGCCUUGCUCGGGCUGAACCUGUGUGCUAGCAGUAGGUGGUUUAUCAGCAGGUGGGGUGCUACGUUUCGAGGGUCUACGGGAAGCGUUCGGAGGCCGGCAAUCGCCACGCUGAACCAAGCGGCAGUGGAACGAUCGAAUGGGCAACAAACGCGAUGCCGGGAAGAAAAGUGUCUUCUUCCCUCGGAUAGACGAUACCUGAGCAUUCGCCUAAUGAUCCACAUCAUUGGCCAAAAGGCUCGAGUCAGGACACAGAGGAGGAGUACCAGACUACAGGACCGUACGGAGUGUGCUGCUGUGUCAGGGCCUGCUUGCUCUUGCUCUUGCUCAGGUGAAGGGGACCUAGCUAGCUGCUGCUACUUGCUGGGGCUACGCUGUGCCGGAGCUCUUGAGAAUGAAGGUGGUUGUCCUGCGAUCCGGAGUAGAUUGGAAGUGGGUUUGGAAUCGCAUAUGCUAGACGUCGUAGGCUAUUAGUUUACCAAACCACACUGCAGAAGGCAAACAGGGAAAAUGCAUGUCAAGAUUUUUUGUGCGGGUGUAAGUCCAAAUGGUCAUCUCCAUGCAAGCACUUUAUCAGAUGAAUGUCACAUUCGGGCCCACUCGCAUCAUCUUCGCUUUUUUGAAGGAUAGACCAGAUAAAAGGACAAUUUGCCAUGGUGAUUUGAGCUGCUGAGACACCAUCGGCCACACGUGACAGCAAUGUUUUCAAAGACCAGUAAACCUCGCCGAGCACUGUUAGUAUCGGAAAACACAAAAGAAACGGUACAGUCGAUCUCGAAGACCACGAGGAACGACUGUAGCUUUUCGAGACCACUCCAUGAAAAGAAGUUUGCGGUUGGCAAAUGCUUCGAUCUGGGAGCACUGCUUGGUAUGCUAAAUUUGGAGUGUUUACUGCGUUCCCAAGAAUCGGUCUGAAAGAUGAAGAUGCGUCUCCCGGUACCUGCACGAAGAACAACAUCCGGCCAAGUCUUUCCUUUACAGCCUCGUGCACUUGAGAAGAACCUCGUUUCUGAUUUCUACAUCGAUCAUCAGAGGUUCGGAACAAGACUUGAGCUACCACCUGCUGCCUUCCAGUGCGGCAAGAACCGUUUUGCAGCAGAUCCCAGACUCGUGGCAAGACCGAAUUUUGCAGACUUUGCCAAACUUGGCACGGGAGAGAGAACAGAGGAUAUAGAUUUUUAGUGUCAAUCAACGUGAGUGUAACUUCAGCGUAAGUGCAUGAUAGGGCCCACAGGGAACCUCCAUCAAACUACAGUGAUUUUGCAUGAAGUGGGUCAAAUUCAGAGAGAAGUGACAGAAGAUCAUCAUUAAUGGGUGCCCUUUUGGUCACACGCGUCCCAGUGCAAGAUAAACUUGCAUCGCUCGGGUACAGCAAUGACCAAAGUCUGAGGCGAGAGGCUGACUGAAAUGAUGCCCUGCAGAUGGACUGCAGCGUAGCCUACGUCUGCAGUCAAGGGUCCUUUGACCACUUCAGGUUUGGUUGGGUGUUAUAAGAGUCAAAGAUGAGAGGAUCCCAGCUCUGGUGUUUCACUCCUCCAUUACUGAUGGGGUAAAUCUCUCUGGAUGUAGCAAAAGCUUUGCCAUGAACUGACAUGCGAAGAGACAUACAUCACAAUGCGAAGGCGGAGUUACCUGUGCAUCUUAAUAGAGUAUCAAAUGCAGAAGACACAUGUAGCCAACUUCAGAUAGACGCAAGCUUCUUAACAGUGUGACUCUCACAUUUAAGGGAAUGUGCAGGAGGUGAUGAUGUAAAUUAAGAUUUCACAAUGAAACACAGUGCAGAAAUGAAAGGUUAAGGAAUCGAACACUACAAGUAAAAGAGCAGAAUGGAUUCGGACUGUAUGAGGUUUAUCAUGAAUCCUCUUAUUGUCCAGUUAUCAAGACCGUAGCUUCUCACCAAACCUCCUCUAGACAAGAGCUUCGUACCCG